AUGUUCCCCUAUACCGGUAAUUUAUCUGUGGCUGUAAAUGGCAACGCAUACACUAUGGAAAACGUUGAGACGAUUCUGAAAGAAGCAAAACGCCACCAUCUGGAAGUAAUUCCUCUCGUUCAAACUUUUGGUCAUCUAGAAUGGAUACUGAAAUUGGAGCAGUUUGCUCAUUUGAGAGAAGAUGUGCGUUUCCCUCAGGUGAUAUGCUUCCCUGAACCAGAGGCAUGGAAUCUGAUAACCGAUAUGAUCGAUCAGGUUGCAGAGGUUCACAGAAAACACGGAAUGCCGUACUUCCAUAUGGGAGCCGAUGAAGCGUUCGCAGCAUAUGACAUUCUACUAUUAGGAGGUGGCUGUGCUGUGUAUAUAGGUAUUUGCAACGCCAGUCUGAUAGAGAUGGGUCGGCAAGGGUCGCGAGACAGAUUGAUGCUCUGGCAUAUUUCUCGUGUAGCAAAGUAUAUCAAGGACAAAGUUAUAUUCGGAUAUUUACAGACAACUGUGUUGGCUUGGCAUGAUAUGUUCGGGCAUGCCAUGGAAUUCGAUCUAACUGCAUACCACAUGACAGAAGUGUUGGAACCUGUACUUUGGAGCUAUGCGGAGGACUUGGAUUUGUACUUGCCGAAAACUACGUGGCUUAGUUUGAAGCCGUUCCGACGUGUAUGGGGUGGCUCAGCGUGGAAAGGAGCUGACGGUCCAGCCAGAUUCAACUCAAAUCCUGUUCAUUACAUCCGAAAUCAUGAGGCAUGGGUGGAGCAGCUAUCGAGAAACUACAACGAGUUCGACAUGUUACAGGGCCUUAUACUUGCUGGCUGGUCUCGCUAUGAUCAUUUCGCCAUACUUUGCGAAUUGGCUCCUGUAGCUUUCCCAACACUUGCUAUGUCGAUGGAAACCGUACUGAUUUACGAGUUGAUCAAUGAGUUCUGGCAGCGAAGAAAGCAGCUACAGCAGUAUAGGGAAGAUGAUUUCGAAUUGAACGGGUGGCUUUCUCGUGUAGCCGAUACAUAUAUGAGUAGCAGUCAGUGGUAUAUAGAUAAGAUUGAACCGUUGCUUGAAUAUCAUGCAAAGCCAAUCCUACGGUUAGAACAAGACUUACGGCAGGAGCUUUCACGAAUUUACUUUCAGGAAACCGUUGAUGAAUUCAUUUUUACUUAUAUGGCAGAGGACAUUGAAUGGGUUCAACGCAAAAUCGACUCGGCCCAAAGAAUCUCAAAACUCAAUCACUUUCCAAAGCGACCAUUCGUAAUAUUGAAGUCGCACGAGGAGCUAUGA